AUGAAAGAGGAAGCAGAUGAGUUUGAAUCCCCUGAUUUUAAAGGGGAAGAGUGGCGCCACAUUAAAAAGGAAGAGUCCGAGAGCCUUUUUAUCAAAGAGGAAGAAGGGGACAAAAGUCCGAGUGAUGUGAACAGAGGGGCCGACCCUCCCGGCUCCCACGCAGACGGCUUGAUAGCGCCGCUACCAGAAAGCGACGCCGCCACAUCGCACUCUCCUCACGCAGACGGCGAAGAGACAGAAGACGACGGUGACGAGAAACGCUGGAAAUGCUCCGCGUGUGAAAAAAGCUACGGCUACGAGUCCGCUUUGAAAAGGCAUUGGAGGAGCCACAGCGGAGAGAAACCUUUCCCCUGCCCAGUUUGCGGUCAAAGAUUCUCCCAGCAGGGAAACUUAAAAAGACACACGAGAAGCCACUCCGGAGAGAAAAGUUUCGCCUGCCCGGAUUGCGGUCGACGGUUCACCGGGAGGGGGAGCCUGCUAAGUCACGCCAGGACGCACACCGGAGAGAAACCUUUUGCCUGCUCGCUCUGCGCCCAGACAUUCUCCAAUAAGGAGAAACUGCUACGUCACGUCAGAACGCACACCGGAGAGAAACCUUUUGUCUGCUCAGAUUGCGGGCAAAGAUUCUUUGAAAGGGGAACUUUAAGAAUACACGCACGGACUCACACCGGCGAGAAACCUUUCGCAUGCUCGCUUUGCGGCCAAAGAUUCUCUCAGAAGGGAAGCUUAGGGAUUCACAUGAGAACACACACAGGCGAGAAAACCUUCCAAUGCCCCGUUUGUUUGAAAAGUUUCUCUGAAAAGGGAACUUUGAUAAGACACGCGAGAACGCACACGGGCGAGAAACCUUUUUCCUGCUCCGUUUGCGGUCAAAGAUUCGCUGAGAAAGGAACUUUAAAAAGGCACGCGAGGACGCACAGUGGAGAGAAACCAUUCGUUUGCUCCGUUUGCGGCCAAAGCUUUUCUGAUAAGGGAACUUUAAAAAGACACGUGAGAACGCACGACGGCGAGAAACCUUAA